UGGUCUGUCACUCCCUUAACAGCAGCCAGCCAGGGCAGCAGUCCGCAGUGUGCCUGUCUUCUGUGUUGCUGAGGAGCUGGCCCUUGCUACAAGGCGGGAUCUACAGCAGUACCGCAAAAGCACUGUUGUGUUACCCCACGCCGGCAGGGGAUACAGGAGGCAGAUGCAGUUCGUUCUCGACAAGGGCAAGGUGGCAGCGUCCGCCUGCCUCGCUCUCGCCUACGCGUGCCUUUCCGCAAGACAGGCUUAUGCCUUCGGGCUCGGCCUUAGGCCCAUCCCCUCGGCAGCAUCGUCGUUCCACCCGGGGGGCAUGCUGCCAAACACGGUCGACGUGGGUAGCAGUGGCGGGGGGCCCCGUGGAAUGAGCAUGUACUCGGCGUUCAAGAAGGGGGGGGGCAAGGGCAAGAAGAAGAAGGGAGGCGGGGGGAAGAAGAGUGCCGGGGGUAGGGGGGGCGGCGGCAAGGGCGGGGGGAGGGGAGGGGGGAGGGGUGAUGGCGGCCCUCCUUCGCCUACCGUCGACACAUCCAGGAAGGACUUCGUGUACCAAAUGAACCGCCUCUCCAAGUCUUUCGGCAAGGGGACCAGCAUCCGUCCGGUGCUCAAGGACGUGAGCCUUUCCUUUUACCCAGGGGCGAAGAUCGGAGUGCUGGGGUCCAACGGCUCGGGAAAGUCUACCCUCAUGAAGGGGGAAUCUCGCCUUUCGGACUGGGCGAAGGUGGGCUACCUGGAGCAGGAGCCUAAGCUGGAUGACGGGGACACGGUGUCGUCGAACAUCGAGGCCGCCGUCGUGCCCACCCGCACCCUGCUCAAGGAGUACGAAGAGGCGAGAUGA